CGAGGUGGCAGCACUGGGCAGCUCGCACAGAAUUUUUAAAUUUCGCGCUUCGCUCGUGAGAGGACCGCUUUAAUUCAGUCGAUUCAGUCCCUUGAUUCAGUCCUUAUUGGUAUUUUUUGAAAACGCAGGAGGAGGAAACAAAAGGGGGGCGAGGUCGCCGAGGUCAAGGAGCCCAAGGAGGCCGAGGUGCCCGAGUCAUGGCGUAAAUUAUUCUCCUGAAAGUCCUGAACGCGACAAUAGCAAACGUUGUCGCGGUCGUGAGAAUCGUGCGAGUUGCUUCAGAUGCUUGAAGAUUGUGAUGGCUGUUUAACGGUGCAUGUUGAUGAGCAAAAAUCGUAAACAAGUCGCCGAAAGAAGCCGGCUCUCGAGGUAGAAAGAAAAGAAAAAAUUCAAGCAGCGCACACACUUUGGCUCGCCAUGGAGGGCUGCGAAUUGAAAACGACGACAGAGGAGACGACCAUGGUCACAGGGGUGACCGUCCAGGAGGUUGGCCCCAAUGGCAACCUCAUGCCUAAGUUCAACACCCCAGUCGACGUUUCCAUUUCGUACGACCCCGAAGGAGCCAGCAUAAAAGUCACCCGAGGACCCGACAGGGUUGAGAUAAUGGAAUUCCCGGUCACCUCGGAGGUGGAGUGCUGCAGAAUGGGAGAUCGGGGUUACCUCUUCAGGCUGGACAUCGAGACUAUUUUAUUUGUUUUCCGUGACGAAAAGGAUGCCAGGGCUUUUCACGACAGAGUUGCUAAGGUAAAAGCAAACAAUGUAACCAUCUCUGUGUUCAAAGAAAGAACAGAUGAGUCAUCAGCAUCCCAGUACUUCCAAUUCUACGGCUACCUGUCUCAACAGCAAAACAUGAUGCAGGACUAUGUGCGCACCAGCACUUACCAGAGGGCCUUCCUUGUUAAUGAAGUCGACUUCAAGGACAAGGUGGUCUUGGAUGUUGGGGCUGGCUCAGGCAUUCUCUCCUUUUUCGCAGUGCAGGCCGGUGCUAAGAAGGUCUACGCCGUUGAGGCCAGCUCUAUGGCUCUGCACGCAAAGGCUGUUGUUGAAGCAAACAAAUUGUCAGACGUGAUUGAAGUGCGAGCAGGAAAAAUAGAAGAGCUAGAGAUUCCGGAAUUUGUUGAUGUGAUAAUUUCGGAGCCAAUGGGCUAUAUGCUUUACAACGAGCGCAUGUUGGAGACAUAUUUGCACGCCAAGAAGUGGCUCAAGCCUGGCGGACACAUGUACCCAAGCAGGGGUGAUCUCCACAUUGCGCCCUUCACCGACGACUCGCUCUACAUGGAGCACUUUGCGAAAGCCAACUUCUGGUACCAACAAAACUUUCAUGGAGUGGAUCUGAGCAGCUUGCGCAAGGCAGCCAUGAAAGAGUACUUCCGCCAGCCCAUUGUCGACACUUUCGACUUUAGAAUUUGCAUGGCUAAGUCAGUGCGGCACAUACUUGAUUUCAAGACUGCAGACGAAAAAGAUCUCCACAAAAUAGAGGUUCCACUGGAGUUCCACCUGCUCCAGUCCGGGACAGUCCACGGCCUUGCUUUCUGGUUUGAUGUUGCCUUUGGAGGUUCUGCGCAAACCGUGUGGCUCUCUACUGCACCUACCGAGCCCCUGACUCAUUGGUACCAGGUUCGCUGCCUCCUUGAAACACCCAUAUUUGUCAAGCAAGGACAACUUCUCACCGGACGAGUUUUGCUUCUUGCCAAUAAAAGGCAAAGUUAUGACGUGGUGAUUGAGCUAUGUGUGGAAGGCACCGGUAUCCGCUCAGCCAACACUCUGGACCUAAAAAAUCCCUUCUUCCGGUACACGGGUCAGGCGCCCCAACCCCCAGUUGGUUCAAAUCAGUCUUCUCCAAGUGAAAACAUUUGGUCGCAGCUAGAUGCCCAGGGAGCACGACAAGCCGUCAACAUGGUCAACGGAAUCAUGGUGAAUGGUCUAGGUGACGUUUCGAUGGACGCCUCCCACCAGCAGAACAACAUCAUCAACACGUCUUAUCUCCAUCCAGGCUCCAUUCCCAGCACAGGUCGCCAACGCGUUUCACAAGGGACGGCUACGUCAACUCACCAGUCACAGCUUAUUGGCGGCGGAAUCGCGCCUACUUUAUUUACCACUUCGCAAACGCCAAGUAUGGGUAUGGGCUCAACUGCAGCAGGCUUGGCAGCGGCGUAUCCCAUGACCAACAUGUUAAUUGGCGACUACACAGCCCACCAGGCAGCCAAUGUGCUGAUACCUGAUUUCACUGGCGUCGGUCGAGACGGCAUGCAGCAGCUGGUCACUGGUUACCGGCAAUAGUUUUUUAGACAUAAUUAAUUCUCCUCCCUGAUCGCUUUCACUCGAUCGUGGGCCAUGCAAUUCCGUAACGAGCAGCUCGCCAUGCUCUUUGAUUGUACGCAAGGCAAUAUGAUACCUAUGUAUUUAUGGAAGAAUUUGCACACCUUGGAAAUCCGAAGCAGCAACCUGUAAAUACUUUCGGAAGCCAACGUGUCUUUAUGUACUCAGAAAUUUUUUGUGUCACUAUUGGGUACAGCUCAACUGUGUUGAUUUAUUGUUGCUUCAAGACCUAUGAGGGUUUCCAGAUAUCAUGAUUUUGACCUUUUUUCAUUCGUCAACCAAAUUUAUUGUGUCAGGCGCCAUAUUGGAAUGCUGGUCUUAAGAAAUAAAUUAUUUUCAACGUGUGGUUAAUUUAAAAUUAUCUAUCUAAAAAUUUGACUGGAAACCUGUCGGAACAUUUUAGUGCUAAGGAUUUAAUAAUUUGACUUCGAUAUGAAAUUUCUCAUUUUAUGUUUGCAACGGAGUUAAUAAAGUUAUUAAGAACCUAGAUCCUGGUAAACCACCUCUGAGACUAGUAUUUUUGUAGGAUUCCACUUAUUGUUAGCAACCAGUACAAUAGUUUGCUCAUUCCCCUCCCCCAUCAUGUCUUUUUUUCAAACAAAAUAAGGGAUCUCGUUUUGUUCUUAAACAUCAACUGUAGCACUUUGAUAAAAAAAUUCCCAGACCAUGUUAACUUCAAUUAAGUAAAUAAAGAAUGAAAAUAAGUAAAAGUUGAGUUUAAUCUUAAUUUUCCUAGAAAAUGUGAGAAUAAUGAGAAAAUGAAUGCCACUGAAAAUCUUGAUUUGAAAAGCUGUUUAUUAUGCAACACUAUUUGGUAAUCACUAACAUAAUUUAUUAAAUGACAACCAAGAGACAUACUUGAACUAUAUUUGUGUCCUCUCUCUCUCCUGCAUUUGUGGACCACUAACAAUAAUAACGACUUGCAGUUUGGCAGUCUCUAGAUAAUUGAAAUAAAUAACGUUUGCUCUUGUUCAAAUAUAUAAAACGAUUCUUUUACAAUCAAAUUUUUUUCUCUGGCAAACUAACAGUUUGUGAUAAAUUUUCAGUA